AUGGCAUUUAAUGCCCUGACCAAGUUUGCGCCGCCCGAGCUACGAACAAAGCUGGCCGGCCCUUUGCGCGUGGCAGCUUUCGGUGGGGGCCCUGCGGCCGAGCUGUUCGCCGCUGUGGUGGCCAGAGACUUGGCAGGCGGUACGCGCGCCCGACUCGCUGUUUACGAGUGGGUGGAGACAUGGCGGCCAAUUGUGGACAUGGUGUCUGACCUGAUCGGCGAAGACAUCGAGUAUCACCAGUGUGAUGUAUCCAAGUCUCUCUUCGACGGCGUGAAUGGGCACCUGCAGCCUGCUGACCUGCAGUACGACUUGCUGAUCUUCUCCCAUGUCCUCUUAGAGUGCGGGCGAGGAGAUGGGGAAGCACCGCUGCAGUUCUUGCGGGAUCUCUGGGCAUGCUGCGAUGGCACGGUUUUGGUGCUCGAUGCCGGUCAAGCACGGGGUCGGGGGUGUCGCUCACGACCCUUGGCCGGGUCCCUUCGACAAGUCCAGAUUCUGGCAGGUGAGGUUGAAGCGGAGCUCGUUCGCAUCAACGGCGCAAGUAGAACAGCAACUCGCUGUGAUAUGCAGAUGUUCACAGAGCUGAGAGCAUCAAACGAGUUGAUUGCUGACCCAGCUCAAGUGAUCUCAAGUGCGGAUACCUCGAAAUUGCAGCAGUUUGGGCAGGCAGCUGAUCCGCAGUUUGAAGUUGGUGUGAGCGAAGAAGAUGAUGAGGCUGAGGCAGACGACCAAGAAACCGACGAAAAGAUCAUUCGGCCAAAGCGGGAGAAGGCCUGCCUGACCUACACGCUUGAGGAGCAGUAUGAGGCCUAUAGCAAAGUGGAGUGGGGCGCUGCGAAAACCAAGAUAUUCGACAGGUUUCUGGAAAAGGUACAAAGGAUGCUGGGAGAGAAGUACUUGCAUUUCCUUUUCGGACAGGCCAGGGGCCGGAGGUCGAGAUCGUACGUGGAUCCAGACUUCAACGCGUGUAUUUCAUGGUACCGAAGGCAGGAGGAAUGCCUUGUGAACGUGAAGCGGACCUCACCCGAGGCACAGAUUGAUGACUUUGCAGACUUGGUGAACGGGGAGUACAUUUCCUUCGUGCAAAAACAGUACGACCUCCUGGGAAAGCCAUGGCCAUUCAAUCGAGCCGGAGAAGUCAUCGCGGUCUGCAUCAACUCCACAAUGCUGACGACCGCCAUCAUUAACAGUAUCCUGGUCUUCGUGUACACAAGCUCCUACUCUGAGCACUCGAUUCUCGAGCAAGACAUCCACUACCCGAAUCAGCUGUCGGUGUACAUUCUCACGUUCUUUGCCGGACUCCACUUCAGCCUCUCCUUGUUGUGGCUCGGGUUCUACGUACUUUCCUACAGCGGCUGGAUCAUUGAGACGAAGGCUGGGAAGGUGGACAAGUGGCGUGAUGAGAACCCACAGCUGCAGAGCCAGCUGCCCCAUGCUGAGCAACUUCGCAUUUCUGCCACGCAAGCCAAGUUCUUCUGCAGCGAUGGGCAGCUGCUCUACACGUUGUUCCUGCUGGCAUUCUCUUUCUUGGGGCUUUUCGUCAGCUUCCUCUUCAACGCCGUCAACACCAUCGACUUGUGCAUGCGCAUCCCCAUCUUGGCGAAGGUCAUUGAGUCCAUGACACAAAGUGUGGAACAAGUCGCUGGCACCAUGGUGCUGGGCUUCUGCAUCCAGUACAUUGCCGUGGGCGCAGGGUUUCUGCUCUUCAGUCAGGGCUAUGGGUUUGCCGACAAGGACCCAGUUGCUCAUCAGAUAUCUGGGGUCAUGUUGCGCUAG